AUGUCAGCUGCACCCUCUCCUAGCGAGUCCCAGGCAGCUACACCCUCUCCUAGCCAGGCCCAGGCAUCUACACCCUCUCCUAGCCAGGCCCAGGCAUCUACACCCUCUCCUAGCCAGGCCCAGGCAACUACACCCUCUCCUAGCCAGGCCCAGGCAUCUACACCCUCUCCUAGCCAGGCCCAGGUAUCUACACCCUCUCCUAGCCAGGCCCAGGCAUCUACACCCUCUCCUAGCCAGGCCCAGGCAUCUACACCCUCUCCUAGCCAGGCCCAGGCAUCUACACCCUCUCCUAGCCAGGCCCAGGCAUCUACACCCUCUCCUAACCAGGGCCAGGCAUCUACACCCUCUCCUAGCGAGGGCCAGGCAUCUACACCCUCUCCUAGCGAGGGCCAGGCCCAGGCAUCUACACCCUCUCCUAGCCAGGCCCAGGCAGCUACCUCUCCUCUCUUGAAUGCCUGCCACGUCAGCUACACCCUCUCCUAG